AUGGGUAUGGGUGAGUAUAAUACUAAUAAAAUGGGCGUUUGCCGACAGAUUCGUUUGAUCUUAUGGAAAAAUUUUACUAUUCGACGUCGACGAUGGCCUCGAGUGAUAUUUGAAUUAAUUUGGCCAUUAUUUUUAUUUUUUAUUCUAAUGUGGGUUCGAACAAGAAAUUUAACAUUUUAUUAUGAUGCUUGUUAUAAUGAUCCAAAAUAUCUUGGAGCAACUGGAUUUUUACCUGCACUACAAAGUUAUAUUUGUCAAUGGAAUAAUACAUGUUAUAAUCAAUCAAAAACAACUGAUGAAUUUCAUGGGGAAGCAACCUUUUGGAAUCAAUUAACAGAUUUAAGUGAAAGUCUUUCGAUUAUUUUUAAUGAUGAUAAAACGGUUAAUUUAUUUGAUAAACUUUUUACGCAAAUUAAUUCAUUACAACGUUAUUCUACGAUUUGGAAUGGUACUAUUUUGGCAAAUAAAAGCACGAAUGAUUUUAAUCAAUCUAUUCCAACAACAAUAAUCAAUACACUUUUUCAAAAUCCUGUUGGUUUAUCUAAUCUUCAUCAAUCAUGGUUUAUGAAUCAUACCAAAAGAUCUGAGUCGAAUUUAAAUAUUAUAAUACAAAUAUCUUAUUCACGUUCACAAAAAAACUUUUCCUUUUCAUAUCAAUCAGAAACAAAUAUAAAACAAUCAUUUUGUAAUAAGACAGAAUUUAAUAAAACUUUUCUGAUUAACUCACCCGAUGCAAUUGUACCAAAAAAUUUUUUAUGUAAUAAUUUAUCAGCAAGUGAUUUGAAAUUAUUUUUAAUCAGUGUACAAAAUCAAUUGGAUGAUAUACUUUUGACUAAUAUGGCACCAGAUAUUGUGAAACUUACUAUGAAUGGAAUGCAAGCUGCUCGAACUCUGGAACAAAUUCAUUCUCGUUUAAACAUACUUAAUGUUAGCUUUUCAUUCAAUGAAACCAAUAGUAGUAUUAGUUUAACAUCAUUAUGUGGUGGUCGUAAUGAUUUAUCACAGUUUUUUACUACAAAUCAAUCUUCAAAUAAUCAAAGCAACCAAAGUGAAACUACUCAAAAUAAACAAACAGAAACUACUCAAACACGUUCUACAGCUGAUGAUACUUUAACUAUGUUUAAUUAUAACAGGUUAGCAGAAAAUUUAUUAUCUUAUGAUGAAUCUGAAAUAUGUCAAGAAUCAUAUAUAACUGGUUCUGGUAAAAUUAUGCAAUUUUCAACAGUAAAUCGUACAUGUCGUUGUGCUUUAUUUGAUCAAGUAUUCAAUUCAAAUACUAUUCUACGACAAUUUGCAACACUAUUACGUCCUAUUCUAUAUGGAAAAAUCUAUUAUCAUCCAUCAAAUAUUCAUUAUGAUAAUAUAAUUAAAAAUAUUAAUCAAACAUUUGAAUCAUUAGAUGAACUUGUUCGAUUACUUCGUCAAAUUGAAUCUACAUCUCAAACAAUAAAUGAUAUCAUACCAGUAUUAUGUAAUUCAUUUUCUAAUUCAUCAUUAAUUUGUCAACAAUUUACAACAUAUCAAACAUCAAUGAAUUUAUUUAUAGUUCUAACUGAAUUUCUUGCUUGUACAGAACGUAAUCGUUUUAUUGCAAUGGAUAGUGAAUUAGAUAUGGUAUAUGUAGGACAAAAUGACUCUGUAACAAAUAGUUUUCUUGCUGCAAUUGAAUUUAUGGAUAAUAUAGGAGAUAAUGAUAGUUUACCUACACAUAUUCGAUUUAAAAUAAGAAUGGCACUUGAUUAUGUUGAUAAUACAUUUCAAACAGCCGACAAAUAUUUUUCAUAUGCACCUCGUGUUAGUGCACCAACAUCAACAAAAUAUCAUUCAUAUUUAUUUAUUUAUUUACAAAAUGCUCUUGAACGUGCUAUUAUAUACGCACAAACAGGAAGAAAUAUUUCCUACGGUAUACAAACACAACAAAUGCCGUAUCCAUGUUGGAUUAAUGAUAAAUUUUCUAAUGCCAUUAGUCGAAUGUUACCAUUAUUUAUGGUAUUAAGUUGGAUAUUUACAGUUUCAAUGAAUGUGAAAGAUAUUGUUCAUGAAAAAGAAAAACGAUUAAAAGAAAUAAUGAGAAUAAUGGGUUUGAAUGAUUCUGUUCAUUGGUUUACUUGGUUUAUUUUAUGUACAGCUACUAUGUUGUUAAUAGCAUUUUUCCUUAUUUUACUUUUAAAGUUUGGAAAAAUCACACAAUUUUCUAGUUUUUCUGUAUUACUCGUAUUCUUCAUAAGUUAUACAUUUGCUACUAUUACUCAAUGUUUUCUUAUUAGUGUAUUAUUUAAUCGAGCUAAUUUAGCUGCUUGUGGAGCUGGUAUUAUAUAUUUUGUUCUCUAUUUACCAUAUACUAUAUUAAUUAGUUAUGAUACUCAAGUGAAAAUAUGGCAAAAAGCAAUUGCUUGCCUUUCAUCAACAGUUGCUUUUGGAGUUGGUUGUGAUUAUAUUGCUCGUUUUGAAGGUAUGGUUGAAGGUAUUCAAUGGUCGAAUAUAAAUCGAGGUGUAAAACCUAAUGAUAAUUUUACAUUUCUUUAUUGUAUUAUUAUGAUGUUAAUCGAUUCGGUGAUUUAUAUGUUAUUAACUAUUUAUAUUGAAAAUGUAUUUCCCGGUGAAUAUGGUAUUCCACAAGUAUGGUAUUAUCCAUUUACAAAAACAUACUGGUUUGGAUAUAAUGCAGAAAAUAUUCGUCAACGUACGGAACAGAUGAAAUGUGUAAUAGAUCAAAAUCAAAAUGGUGAAAAUGAUAUAGGAGAACUUGGCAUUAGUAUUGAAAAUGUAUCGAAAUAUUUUGGAAAUAAAAUGGCAUUGAAAAAUUUAUCUGUUAAAUUUUAUCGUAAUAUGAUAACAGCAUUUCUUGGACGAAAUGGUGCUGGAAAAAGUACAACAUGGUCAAUAUUAACUGGUCUAAUACCACCAACAAGUGGUACAAUAUAUAUUGAUGGUUAUGAUAUAUUAACAGAUAUAAAAAUUGUUCGAAAACGUCUUGGUUUUGCUCCUCAAUAUAAUAUUUUAUUUGAUUUAUUAACAGUUAAAGAACAUUUACAAUUUUUUUCUGCAUUAAAAGAUGCACCAAAAGAAUCAAUUGAAACAGAAAUACAUAAAAUGUUAAAUGAUUUAGCAUUAGAAAAAAAAGCAGAUAAUUAUUCCACAGAAUUAUCUGGUGGAAUGAAAAGAAAACUUUCAAUUGCUAUUGCUUUUGUUGGAAAUUCAACAACAGUUAUUUUAGAUGAACCAACAGCAGGUAUAUACAAUAGCGUUUUAGUAUAG